AUGGCCGAGGCCGCCAUGGCCGCGCGGGUGCCCCCGGACGAGGACGGGGAUGAGUGUCUGCCCCAGUACCGGCACCUGCUCAGCCCCGACCUGCUCGCGGGCCAGGUGGCCUUCAUCACCGGCGGCGGCUCCGGCAUCGGCUUCCGCAUCGCCGAGAUCUUCAUGAGGCACGGCUGCCGGACCGUCAUUGCCAGCAGGAACCUGCAGCGAGUGUCCGAGGCUUCGAAAAAGCUGGUGGCAGCCACGGGGCAGCAGUGCCUGCCCCUGUCCAUGGAUGUCCGGCAGCCCCAGACCAUCGUGGCCGCGGUGGAUGAGGCGCUGAAGGAGUUCAAGAGGAUUGACAUCCUCAUUAAUGGUGCUGCAGGGAACUUCCUGUGCCCAGCCAGUGCCCUGUCCUUCAACGCUUUCAAGACAGUGAUAGACAUCGACACCAUGGGCACCUUCAACACCUCCAAAGUCCUUUUUGAGAAAUAUUUCCGGGACCACGGUGGGGUCAUCGUUAACAUCACGGCGACCCUGAGCUACCGAGGGCAGGCCCUGCAGGUGCAUGCUGGGGCUGCCAAGGCUGCCAUAGAUGCCAUGACCCGUCACCUCGCAGUGGAGUGGGGACCCAACAACAUCCGUGUGAACAGCCUGGCCCCCGGCCCCAUCACGGGCACCGAGGGCUUCCGACGCCUGGGUGGGAGAUUUGCCGAGAAAUCCGACCAGUUCUCCGUGAUCCCGCUGCAGCGCGCGGGGAACAAGACGGAGAUCGCGCACAGCACCCUGUACCUGGCCAGCCCCCUCUCGUCCUACGUCACCGGCACCACCCUGGUCGUGGAUGGUGGGAGCUGGCUCACCUCCCCCAACAGCUUCUCUGCCUUGCUGGAUGUCUGGGCUGCAGGAGCAAACCAACCCCAGUGAUGGACAGCGUGGGACUGACCAAUGGACAGAUGUGACCUGGGACAAUGCGGGGGACAUCUCCCAGAGCCAGUGCCCACAGCCACAGCCUCUCCUCGGCCAGUGGUGGCAGUGGUGACACUACCAGCCCCGUGUUUGCCUGGGGGACACAGCUCUGGGGGUGCCCACCCCCAGCCUAUGCCAUUGCUGCCUUCUGAGCUGGUGUGGCUGUGGGUGCAGAGACAGCAUGGUGGGCUGGGAUGGUCAUUGUCCCUUUGUGGCUCCCUCCAAGCUGCUCUUGUGGCCUCUCCCAAGCCUCAAGCAGUUCCACCAAUGGAUACCCAUCCUCUUAGUCCCCUCUCCCCUAUCUGAGCCUGAGAACUGCCCAGGACCCCCAGCAGCAGCUCCUUUUGGGGAGGGGGAGCAGCUCAGCCCACCUGGGGUCGGGGUCACCCAGUAUGAUGGUCCCAGUUCUGCCUUGGCAACUUCUGGAGGGGAAUCUCUGGCAGCGGGAGGUGGCUGUGUCCCCAAGGGGUCCUGGGUGGGACAGAAGUCCUGAGAGGCUGCCAGGGCUGUAGCUGGGAUGCCCCUCUCCAGGGAGCAGAGGGGGUGUGAGGACCACAGCACUGCAGGUGUCCAGUGGUCUGUGCACACCCAUCUGUCUGUCACUGCAGUGUCACACUGCCUCCUUGCAGGCACUCUAGCUGAGGGUAAGAGAAGGGCUAGAACUGGAAUCCAGUCCUUGCCUCCUGCUGGGCUGCAGGAGCCACAGUGGGGCUGCUCGGAUGGUGCUGCUGGAGCCAGCUCUGU